AUGAGCCGGAGUGCGCACGCCGGAAAUGACGUGUAUUGGUGGCGCCGAUCUUCCUGGCUGUGCCUGGGAGAAGCGGCGCUCUUCCUGCUCUUGACACAAACGGUGGCCCCGUCUCCGGCACACCGGCUAACCGAUUGAAUGUUUAAAAUGAGUUGUACCGGAGAAGACCCAUCCCAUUCAAUUAAGAGAGCAUACUUUUGUAAGAUAUGCAGAGUUGCAUGCCUGAAUAAAAGUAAUCUUUAUUCUCACUACAGUGGAGAGAAGCAUAAGAAGACUGAAUAUACUUUAAAAGGUUCAAGAUAUGGACAACAUGAUUACAGCUGCUUGCAAGAUUAUAUUACAAACCGUAGGCGAAACGAACCCCUUAUUGGCUUACAAUAUAUAAUACAGUUUCCACAUCUUAACCAUGCAGAUGAUUUCACAUGCACUUUGUGCAACAAGACGGGAGAUAUCGAUUUUAUUAUAAAACAUCUCAAUAGCUACCGCCAUAGGCUCAAAUACUUGAGUCUCAAGUACAGCUAUCUGUUUCCUUUAUAUUCAAGAGACCUACCCUAUACGAUCAAGCGAAGCAUACUUCGAGAAUAUGCAGUUGAAACUGAACUUUUAGAGAGAGAGCAAGUUGAACGCUGUGCUCAAAGCAGAAGCUCUUCUCGUGAUGGAGUUAAGGAUGAUUUUUGGAAAUACAUCAAUAAGAAGGACAAAUUGGAUGACCACAACAAGCUCUCUGAAGCUCAAAAAGAGGACAUCUUAAAAUAUAUGGAACAAUUUAUGAUUCAGUCCUCUGAAGAGGCAGCAUUGGCAAAGAAUUUUGAAGUGGAAUUGGAGGCAGCAGCGAAUGUAUACUGUCGGAAUGCUGGAACAGUACUUGACUAUUUAUGCAACUAUGGACGCGAUAAAUGUCUUGAAAGGAAAGACAGAAACUAUUCAGAUCACAAGAGCAGAAUGAAAUUUGUGUGGAAUACAAAGGAGUCCAUCCCAUCUGCUAAUGAAGCUAAAGUGUCCCCUUCAGAGAAAAGUUCUGUCAAAGGAGACUCUGGGACAAGAAAGAGAGCAAGAGAUGACUCCACAGAUCCAUUGCCCAAAUUUACUUUUUCCAUAGAAGCUUCAGAGAAGAAGCCAAAGACAUCAGGUUUGCAACAAGAGCAGCACACACCCAUUGCGUCUUCGUCUACGUCUCACACAGAACAAGCAGUAUUGUCCAGUAGUGAAUUAAAGGAGACCACUGAAGCAACACACCGUACUACAAAAGUCAGUUGGAGUGUUUCUGAGGAGACCCGUUUAAGACGUAUCAGGCAGAAUAGUACUGAUAUUGCAAAAUGGGAGGCUCUUUUUACAGAACAUAAUCCUGACAAGACCCAUUCCAAAAUCUCUUGGGGCACAAAAUCACAGUUGAUAAAUUUGGAAGUAGAAGAAGUGGAUGAAAAGAAGGAAAAGGUCAGGAGAGAUUCUCUGGAGGCACUGUCCACAUUCACAUUGUUCUCUGCCAGCAGUUCAGUCACUUCACCUUUUUUAUCAUAUAAAAGUCAACUUCCAAAAGUUAAAAAGUCACACAGCAAGUGUGAAGACAAAGUAUCCCAUGAUGCAAUUGAUGAUCUAGAGCAUGAACAACAAGAAUUCUCAUGUUCAACAUCUUCACAUUUAGUUAAUGUAACUAUGACAGAGACAUCAAAUAAUAAUCUGAUGGCUACUGAUGCAGACCAGCAUGAUGGUGAAUGUAGUCCAGUUUUCAACGUAGCUGGGAACUCUGAUCUUCAAGAUAAUGCAGCUGAAUCCCAUCAAAAUUCAAACUUUGAAAUUACUUGUGAUCAUUUAUCUAAUGUGAAUACUGAUAUGGAAUCUACAAGUGGAUUCAAUCAAGAAGUUGAUACACACUCUAUUCACAAUUUUGAUUUGGAAACAUGUGCAAGUGGGCAUUCAGAUACCAAUAUUGAUGCUCGGGAUUCCCCUUCAUCUGUCUCAGAUAGUACAUUGCCAUCAAGCAAGUUGCAAGAUUAUGGAAGAAACCUCAGUCCAGAAGUACUUCAGCUUUUUAAAGGAAAAGAUAAAGAAAGUAUUAUUCAUAUUCUGAAGACCCUCUCACCGUUUUACCCAGCGCUUCAAGAAAUGAAUCUUGAAAUAUUUGCAAAAGAGCUAAGGGGCGAUUCUCCGUGAUGCACGGGACAGCUACGCAAAUUCAAACGACAUACUUCUCUAAAAUACCAAGAUUUUAGUGGGUCUUAACUUGUAGGGUAAGGCAUUGCUAAUAAGCAAUUACGUUUUCAUGUAACAAUUUCUUAACAGACCAUUUACACAGGACUUUACGUUCACUUUCUGGAGAAUCACCCUAAGUGGCAAUGGUACAACACACUGAUCUCUGCCCAACCAAAUGUGUAAGAUAAUGUGUUAUUUAACAUGGCUCAUAUUUGUGUACAAUGAUGUUAGCAAUAGAUGACCAUCAUUACUUUUGUUUUCAAAAUGUUUGUUAAUUUUGUUCCGAAUAAAAGAAAAUGUUGUUACAA